AUGUCGAGUAAGAACACGCGUAUCGCUAUCGUGAGCGAAGAUAAAUGUAAACCGAAGAAGUGUCGUCAGGAAUGUAAGAGGUCAUGUCCAGUGGUGAAGACUGGUAAGCUUUGUAUCGAGGUGACACCCACUAACAAGAUUGCGUUUAUAUCAGAGAACUUGUGUAUUGGUUGUGGUAUCUGUGUGAAGAAGUGUCCAUUUGACGCUAUCCAGAUUAUCAAUUUGCCAACAAAUCUUGAUUCUCAAGUGACACAUCGUUACUCGGCCAAUUCGUUCAAGUUGCAUCGUUUGCCAACUCCAAGACCGGGUCAGGUCUUGGGUCUUGUCGGUACGAACGGUAUUGGUAAGUCUACGGCUUUGAAGAUUUUGGCUGGUAAGCAAAAGCCUAAUCUUGGUCGUUACGAAGAUCCUCCAGAAUGGCAAGAGAUUAUCAAGUACUUCCGUGGUUCUGAGUUGCAGAACUACUUCACAAAGAUGUUGGAGGACGACAUCAAGGCUAUCAUUAAGCCUCAAUACGUGGAUAACAUCCCUCGUGCUAUCAAGGGACCGGUGCAAAAAGUGGGUGAAUUGUUGAAGUUGAGAAUGGAAAAAUCUGCAGAGGAUGUCAAGAGAUACAUUAACAUCUUGCAAUUGAAGAACGUCUUGAACAGAGAAGUGCAAGCCCUUUCCGGUGGUGAAUUGCAAAGAUUCGCUAUCGGUAUGUCGUGUGUGCAAGAAGCUGAUGUUUACAUGUUUGAUGAACCCUCUUCUUAUUUGGAUGUGAAGCAACGUUUGCACGCCGCUUUGAUCAUCAGAGAUUUGUUGAACCCUACCACUUACGUCAUCUGUGUUGAGCACGAUUUGUCUGUGCUAGAUUACUUGUCCGAUUUCGUUUGUAUCAUUUACGGUGUUCCCUCCGUUUACGGUGUGGUUACUUUGCCAUCCUCCGUUCGUGAAGGUAUCAACAUCUUCUUGGAUGGUCACAUUCCUUCUGAAAACUUGCGUUUCAGAACUGAAGCUCUACAGUUCCGUAUGGCUGAUGCUGGUGAUGAACUAGAAGCCGACGCAAGUCGUGCCUUCUCUUACCCAGCAAUGAAGCGUACACAAGGUGAUUUCUCAUUGACUGUUGAACCUGGUGAAUUUUCUGACUCCCAAAUCUUGGUUAUGAUGGGUGAAAACGGUACUGGUAAAACUACAUUGAUCAAAUUGUUGGCUGGUGCUAUUCCAGCUGAUGACGGUAAGGAUGUUCCAAAACUAAACGUCUCGAUGAAGCCACAAAAGAUUGCUCCAAAGUUCACUGGUACUGUUCGUCAAUUAUUCUUUAAGAGAAUUAGAGCACAAUUUUUGAACCCACAAUUCCAAACUGAUGUUGUAAAACCUUUGAAGAUCGAUGAUAUUAUUGACCAAGAAGUCCAACAUUUGUCCGGUGGUGAACUUCAAAGAGUUGCUAUCGUGCUUUCCUUGGGUGUUAACGCUGAUAUUUACUUGAUCGAUGAACCAUCUGCUUAUCUAGAUUCUGAACAACGUAUUAUUUGCUCCAAGGUUAUCAGACGUUUCAUCUUGCAUAAUAAGAAGACUGCAUUCGUUGUCGAGCACGAUUUCAUCAUGGCUACCUAUUUGGCCGAUAAAGUCAUUGUCUUCGAAGGUACACCAUCCAAGGAAGCAUUCGCUAGAACCCCAGAAAGUUUGUUGACUGGUUGUAACAAGUUCUUGAAGAACUUGAACGUUACUUUCCGUAGAGAUCCAAAUUCCUUUAGACCAAGAAUUAACAAACUAGAUUCUCAAAUGGAUAAGGAACAGAAGCUUUCCGGUAACUAUUUCUUCUUGGACAACACUGGUGUUUAA